AGGGCGAGACGCAGUCCGGUUCCGAGGAAUUGCAGAAUAGUCGAUGCUCGUUUGUUUGGGAUGAGAAUUCGCAGCUGUACUUCCAUUCCAGUGGAUUUUAUCACGAUCCUGUUGCCGGUUGGUAUUACAGCAGUCGAGAUGGUUCGUAUUACAAAUUCGAAAACGGAAGCUAUGUGCUGCUUCAGAUGAACGAGCAGGAUGAAGAAUGUAAGACGUAUCCUGAUGAUCCUGUUAAAGGCGAACCAUGUAGACAAGUGUGUAUUAGCGGCAGCGAGGAUCACUCUUCAUUUGAGGCCAGUGAAAUUGAUACUUCUAACUGCAAAGCAAGUGUUGGUGACGGACUACCAUUAGAAGUAGCAGAGGGCAUUGGUGGUCAUGAGCACGAGAAUCCUCCCACAUCUUUGUGGUUAGAAGAUACGCUUAUUGAUCUUUUUUUGUCCGGUUAUUCCAAUUCAGAAGUCAUAGCCACUAAUGACAGCAUAUCACCUACACCUUCAACGAUUAAUCAUGGUAAUAACUUUCAGUCAUCAAGUAAUGGCUAUAGCGAUACCCAAAUGAUGGAAGGUGAACGGUUCCAAGAUGACAAUCGUGCAAUCGUGAAUUCAAACGAAAGAGUAUUAGAUGGAGGCUAUGAUGAUACUCAGAGAAUGGAAGGUGAGCGGCUCCAAGACGAAAAUCAUACUAUAUUGAAUCCAAACGAAAGUGUAUUAUUAGAUGAAGGUGUGUCCACGGAUGAAGAUAACUGGAGAGCCCAGUAUGGUCAAGUCACUAAUUAUGGGGAAGCAAUUCCCAAACUCUCUGUUGUGGAUAUCUGGGACUGGUCGACAGUGACGGAGUCCAGGACAGGGGGAAAGGGCAAAGUUAUGAGGUUGGUUGGAAGACUGGUGAGGAAGUCUGCAAAGCUUCAUCCUUCGGUGUCUUCAAACGGUGCUCUUCUUAAAACGGCUCCAGUAUGUGAAGUACAUUUAGAUUUGGUACGAGUUGCAACCGGGAAAAUCUACAAGUUACAUAAUCCUAGUAAGAAGUAUUUGACGUCCAUGUCAACUUUUGAUUCAUCCAACCCUACAAAAGACUGGGGUUACCCCGAUUUAUUAGAUAGGCCAACCGAUCUCACUAAUAACGAGGCAAAAGUUGCAAGCACAGGCACUGUUAGCAUGUCUGCAUCGACGUUGGUAGACAAUCUCUCUGUGACUGUAAAGUGUUCAAGCCAAAAUCAAUAUAGAGACAGAGCUGCUGAGAGAAGAGUCCUUCAUGGUGGUUUUGGUGUUGGUCCUGGGCAGAAGAAUUCAGCUACUGAUCAUGGUGAUCUAACAUCAUCACCCCCUUAUGGCUAUUCCGAGAGCAGUCCAGCUGAAGCCUUGAAUAUCUCAUUUGGAGAAGGUAGUUACGCACGAAAAAUCUUAAAAAGCAUGGGGUGGAAAGAGGGAGAGGGCCUUGGCAACGGCAUGAAGGGCAUGGUGGAACCACUUCAAGCUGUUGGAAAUAUUGGAAAUGCUGGAUUGGGCUGGCCUCAGGGAACCAAAAAACUCGACAUCUAGUAAUAAUUUCUCAAUUUGACCUUUACACUGUCAAGAGAGGCUUCUCCAGAAGUGAUUCUUUCAGCAUCGCCAGAAAUCAUAGCCUCGUCUUUGGGCAUAUUCUCGGUAGGUGGUGAAUCAGCUUUAUCAUCCUCGACAAUCGGGCUCUUCGGCUGUUCUAAAGUUUCCUUCAAGACUUGAAGUUCGCGG